AAUUAGUUUGAUGUUGAAUUGAUAGGGAAAUGCUGCUUUUAAAAGUUUAUUUGUUAUUCGGGGUAUACACGUUCGUCACAUCCGCCAAAUAUGAUGGCUAUAAAGUCUAUGAAGUCAAUCUUCAAAAUCAGCCCCAGGCUGACUUUUUGUACCAAUUGUCACAUCAAAAUGGAAUUGAUGGUCUUCACAUACCACGCACCAUAAACAAUUCAGCCCAUAUCAUGGUGAGUCCCCGACGACAAUGUGAGUUUGAGAAAACUCUCGCCCGCUAUUCACUAAAUUACGAUGUAAUCAUCUCUGAUAUUGAAAAAUUCUGGGGAGAGCAAGGACGUACAGUAGUGGGCCCUCGAAAAUCCAACGAAAAUGGCAUCCGUUUUACACGUUAUUAUCGCCAUUCCGAAAUUAAUGAAUAUUUAGAAUUACUUGCGCGGAAAUAUCCCAACACUGUCUCAGUUUACACAGUUGGAAAAUCUUAUGAAGGACGAGCAAUCAAAGUAAUUCGGAUCAAUAAUGGCCAACAUUUGCCCAAUAAGAAAGUGAUUUUUAUCGACGCAGGAAUUCAUGCCCGCGAAUGGAUCGCCCCAGCUACGGCUUUGUAUAUUAUCUAUCAAUUGGUUGAGAAUAUGGAGGCCAAUCGACAACUUCUUGAUAAAUAUGAUUGGAUUAUUCUGCCCCUCGUAAACCCAGAUGGGUACGAAUAUUCUCAUACUAAUGAUCGAAUGUGGAGGAAGACCCGAUCGAAGAACUUCAUAUGUUAUGGGACAGAUGCGAACCGGAAUUUCGGAUAUCAUUGGGGUGAAGUUGGGGCUUCAUAUAAUCCAUGUUCGGAUAUAUAUCGUGGUUCGAAGGCCUUUUCUGAGCCUGAGACGAAAACUGUUCGAGAUAUCCUGUUGUCGUUGAAAGGGACGGGAGUAUUCUAUCUUAGUUUGCAUUCAUACGGAAAUUAUAUCCUUUAUCCAUGGGGAUGGACCAGAAAACUUCCUGAAAAUCACGAAAUAUUACAUGAGAUAGCAGCCGCCGGGGCAGAUGCUAUUCGCAAUGCGACUGGCAGUCGCUACACAUGCGGAAGUUCAACGCGUGUCCUUUAUUCUGCAGCAGGGGGUAGCGAUGAUUAUGCAUAUGGUACUGCCGGAUUUCCUGUAACAUUCACUAUGGAGUUACCACCAGGCGGGUCAGGAUUUGAUCCACCGCCAUCUAAGAUUCAGAGUUUCACCCAAGAAGCCUGGAUUGGAAUUAAAGCGAUGGCCAAAAAAGUUGCUGAAAAGUAUUGAUAAAUUGUAUUUGAGUUGGUUAUUUUGUAGAUCACAUUUUU